AUGGUAAGAAGAUUUUUUAUUAAUGAAUUUCCAUCAUUUUUAAAAGGUAGUAUUUUACAAUUAAGUGGACAACAAAACAAUCAUGUAAAAACAUUAAGAUUAAAAGUUGGUAAUACAAUAGAAUUAUUUGACUCGAAUGGGAAAAAUGGAGUUGCAAAAAUUAUAGAGAUUAAUAAAAAUGAAACGAUAUUGCAAUUGGAAAAUCUAGGUAUAGAAUCAACAAAUAGCGAAGAAAUUAAUAAAAUAGAUAUAGCAACAUCAUUACCAAAAUUAGCAAGAGCAGAGUGGAUGAUUGAAAAACUAAGUGAAAUUGGUAUAAGUAAUUUAAUAUUAUUAGAGACUGAAUUUUCAAAAUCAUCGCCCCAAUCCUCAAGUAUAACUAAUAAUAAAUUGGAUAGAUUUGAAAGAAUUGUAAUUGAAUCAUCAAAACAAUCCAGAAAUAAUCAAAUUAUGAAUAUUAUACCACCAGUUUCUUUAAACCAGUUUUUAAAAGAUAGAUUUAUAAAUCAAAAAGAAGGCGAUUGUAAAUAUUCUCAUGUAUUUAUAGGUGAUCCAUAUCAGGGAAAAGAGUUACCACUAGUUUUAGAUGAUAUAAAGCAAGAGCAACAACAACUACAACAAAAACAACCGCAACAACCACAGCAACCACAACAGCAAUCAAAUAAAGCAAUAAUAAAAAAACCAAAAGAUAUAUUAUUAUUCAUUGGUGCCGAAGGAGGAUUUUCAGAUAGAGAACUAUACAAUAUCCAAUCAGUAGUUUCAAACAGAAACGAUUCACAACUCUAUCUUACUAAAAUGGGCAAUAAUAUUUUAAGGAUGGAAACUGCUGCAAUUUUAUCGUCUGGUAUAGUCAAAUUAAAUUUACCAUUUUUAUUUAAUUAUAAAAACAAAUAA